GGGUAACGCGGGGCCGCCAGGUGACAGUUAAUGGCGGCUGCCGGCUGAGGCUGGCGGGCGGGUGGGCGAGCGACGAGCGGGCCGGCGGCGGGAGGCUCGGGAGGAAGCUCCCCGGCCGCCGCUCCGCUGCCGACUGCGGCGUCUCCAGGCGGCGGAGGGGCUCCCCGAGGCCCGCACGCCAUGGACAGAGCGGCGGCGGGCGCAGCGGGCUGCGAGGGCGCCGGAGGCCCCGGCUCGGGAGCGGCCGGCGGCCGGAGGCCCCCCUGGACAGCGGGGGGCGCCCCCGCCGGCUCGCGGCAGCCCAGCGUGGAGACCCUGGACAGUCCUACAGGAUCACAUGUUGAAUGGUGUAAGCAGCUUAUAGCGGCUACAAUUUCUAGUCAAAUUUCAGGUUCAGUGACAUCAGAAAAUGUAUCCAGAGAUUACAAGGCUCUGAGGGAUGGAAAUAAACUGGCCCAGAUGGAGGAAGCACCACUGUUUCCAGGAGAAUCAAUUAAGGCCAUUGUGAAAGAUGUCAUGUAUAUCUGCCCAUUUAUGGGAGCAGUGAGUGGAACUCUAACGGUGACGGACUUUAAGAUGUACUUCAAAAAUGUAGAGAGGGACCCACAUUUCAUCCUUGAUGUUCCCCUCGGAGUGAUCAGCAGAGUUGAGAAGAUUGGAGCGCAGAGUCAUGGAGACAGUUCUUGCGGUAUAGAAAUUGUGUGCAAGGACAUGAGGAACUUGCGACUGGCUUAUAAACAGGAGGAACAGCGUAAACUAGGGAUAUUUGAAAACCUUAACAAACAUGCUUUUCCUCUUUCCAAUGGGCAGACACUGUUUGCAUUCAAUUAUAAAGAAAAAUUUCCGACUAAUGGCUGGAAAGUUUAUGAUCCAUUGUCUGAAUAUAAGAGACAGGGCCUACCCAAUGAGAGCUGGAGAAUAUCCAAAAUCAACAGUAAUUAUGAGUUCUGUGAUACCUACCCAGCUGUCAUUGUUGUGCCAAGUAGUGUGAAAGAUGAUGACCUUUCAAAAGUGGCAGCUUUUCGAGCAAAAGGCCGAGUUCCUGUGUUGUCGUGGAUUCAUCCAGAAAGUCAGGCAACAAUUACCCGUUGCGGCCAGCCACUUGUGGGUCCCAAUGAUAAACGCUGCAAAGAAGAUGAAAAAUACUUGCAAACAAUAAUGGAUGCCAAUGCACAGUCACACAAGCUGGUCAUCUUUGAUGCCCGACAAAACAGUGUUGCGGAUACUAACAAGGCAAAGGGUGGAGGCUAUGAGAGUGAAAGUGCUUACCCAAAUGCAGAACUUACAUUCUUGGAGAUCCACAACAUUCAUGUGAUGAGAGAAUCACUACGUAAAUUAAAAGAGAUUGUAUACCCUUCCAUCGAUGAGGCCCGGUGGCUAUCCAAUGUAGAUGGGACGCACUGGCUGGAGUAUAUAAGGAUGCUUCUUGCUGGGGCUGUGAGAAUUGCUGAUAAAAUAGAAUGUGGCAAGACCUCCGUGGUGGUGCACUGCAGUGACGGUUGGGACCGAACAGCUCAGCUCACAUCUCUGUCUAUGCUGAUGUUGGACAGUUACUACCGAACCAUUAAAGGGUUUGAAGCUCUGAUAGAAAAAGAGUGGAUAAGCUUUGGACAUCGAUUUGCGCUGAGAGUAGGCCAUGGUGAUGACAACCAUGCAGAUGCUGACCGAUCACCAAUAUUUCUUCAGUUUAUUGAUUGUGUGUGGCAGAUGACAAGACAGUUUCCUUCAGCAUUUGAGUUUAAUGAACUAUUCUUGAUUACAAUUUUGGAUCACCUUUAUAGCUGUCUCUUUGGAACCUUUCUGUGCAACUGUGAACAGCAGCGAUUCCAAGAGGAUAUACAUACAAAGACUAUUUCUCUGUGGUCUUAUAUCAAUAGCCAGCUAGAUGAAUUUUCUAACCCCUUCUUCGUGAAUUAUGAAAACCAUGUGUUAUAUCCUGUUGCUAGCCUGAGUCACUUGGAAUUAUGGGUCAACUAUUAUGUACGAUGGAAUCCACGGAUGAGACCACAGACGCCCAUCCACCAGACCCUCAAGGAGCUGCUGGCUGUUAGGGCAGAGCUGCAGAAGCGCGUGGAGGACCUGCAGCGGGAGGUGGCCACGCGUGCCAUCUCGUCCUCAUCGGAGCGGGGCUCCUCACCGUCGCACACGGCCACCCCGAUGCACACCUCAGUGUGACAGGCAAGCAAGGCUCAGGGGAGGGCCUGCCGGUGCCUGGUAGUUUUAAGCCUACGCCCAGGGACCAUAUACGUGUGGCUAGACGCCAGCUUCCGUAGACAGCAAGUGUUUGUUGUAUGCACAGCCUGUUACCCUCCUGUCAGUGGUGUCACCGGGGCCUGCCUUCCUCUAGCCCAGGCAGCUUAGAAUAAUUGGGAUGCAGGACAGAGGCUCCAGGGAGUCUCCUCGCCUUUGCUUCUGAGUGCCACGCCUCACCAGAUGGACGUGCGCCACAGGGCUGCCCUGGGCAUCCCGACCCUGCAGGGAAAUCCUUGUAGGGCAGGCAGCCCCCGCCACCUCUGCCAGUGACCUUCGUGCCAGAGGGCCCCUGUUGUAGCUACUGAUAUGUACAGAUGAGGUAUUUUUGGACAAGAGAAACAUGCCUUUAUUUUCCUACGUCCUUUUUCUGGGUAUCGUCACGUGAGGAGACUGCUGCUUACCUGUGUGACGUGAGCUUGUUUCCAGCAAACCUCAUGCUGACUUCUCUGUGGUACAUUUGAACCAAGGUUUGUCCUCACUUACCUGGUACUUGCUCCUGAGGUGUCCCAGUCCACUGAUGGGGUCUGCAGGAACUAGGCCCACCUGGUGCUCUGGCCCUGCUAGGGGACGCCAAGGGCUCCGGCGGCUCCGCACAGGCACUGGUACCCUCCUGGGAGUCCCAGGCCCAUCCUUGGCAUAAAAGCAAAUGCACUUUCAACCCUUCUAGGUUGUGUGAAAUAGUAGAAGUUGUAUUCAUGGUCCCUGCGACCUGGUUUACUCACACGACUGCCCACCUGUAUUUUCAGGCAAGCCUGUGCCGUGGCUUCCAUUAAAGCAAGCACAGGUCCCUGGGGUUGGCCUUGGGAGCCAGCCUCGGUGAGGCGAGCCUCUGCUCUGCACCGUCGCUCAGUGACUUCGGGCUUGGUGACUGCAUGGGGCCCUGCAGAAGGCAAGCAGCUGCCACGCGGUUCUGCGCCACAGCCGGGGUGAGGCGUGGCCACUUGCGCCCUGUUGGUGCAUGUUGCCACUGCUAGUGUCACAGGGUCACCAGCUUGUGUCCAAUUCCUGGAUGCCAUGCACCCUCCAACAUGCUGAUCUUUUGAAAAUGUUAAGAGUUUUUUUUUUUUUUUUUUAACAGCCAACUACCUUAAAGAAUAGAGCUUUUUUCAACUUGGAACCUUCUGAUAACUUAUAGAAAAUUCCUGUUCCUUAAGAUAACAAGUAUUUGUAGUAAUUUGAUAAAAUCCUCUACAUUUUUACCAUCUGGGGAAUUUGUUUCUGUGUCAGUUUCUCUGAUAUUAGCUUUGAUUUACAAUCCCAACAUGCCUGAAUAAACUGGACUGUGGAUUGGUACACUAAUGCUUCUCAUGGAAGAACAACUUCCCUUGCCCCCUCCCGAAAAACUUGAUCCCCCAGCUGCACUGAACUGGUGAAGGACAGGGCCAGUGAGGUUUGGAUAGACCUGUGGAGGCCACAAGGGCCGCUCGGUAAGGUCAGCAGACAAGGUGGCGAGCAAGUGCCCAGCCAGGACCGUCCGACAGCAGGAUCCCUCGAGAUCCCCUGAGCUGCUCAAGGGGCACAGCAGCCCACUUUUCUUUGUUCCUCACAGAGCUGUGAGCACAGUUCUGUUUGCUAAGCAAUUCAUUCUCUUAUUUAAGUGUACUAGAACACAAAACCUUCAUGGUUCAGGUUUUUAAAAACUGGUACAAUACUGUGUGUGCCUCAUCUGAUGCACUGUAUUUUAAUCUGUAAUUAAAUUUCUAUGUUUGCUCUGUG